CAAAACGUACAUUAAUUAAUAUGAGAAACACACUUCUUGGUUGAUAAUUCUUCAAAUUUCCUGUCUGAGUCUCUUUGGGACGUUUCAAGCGGCGGUGUCUGUGAAAGUAAAUUAUGAAUGGGAUCUCAGCAGGCCUUAGCUCUGUAUCGUGAGCUCCUCAGAAACAUCAGAAAGCUUCCCAGGAAUUCCAGGCAGUACUACAGGCAGAACGUGAAAGGAGGCUUCCAAAACCACAACGACGAGAUUGAUCCAGAGCGUCUUCAACAGCUCCUUGAAGGCGCAAGAAAAGACGCAGAUUUCAUACUGAAUAAGUACGUUGGGAGCAACCAAGGAGGGUCAACUACUGGACGGUGAUCGAGUUGGCACGCGUUGCAACAACUCGGCAGGACUUUGUACCCUCUCACUUCAAGAAAAGCUCCUAGACACCAAGGGAAGGAGACGGUAUUGGAAGCACAUCCAGCAUGCAGACCCGGCAGCGCAGUUCCGGUCCCAUCACAAAUGGAAAAUCAUCGACUGCAUACGUCAAUGGGAACGCAAAUGGAACAGCGGCAGCCAUGAAUGAAAAGACCUCGCUAGCAAAGCCUGUAGUUGUGGGGGCAGCGCUGUCAGUGUCGUCCCUGGUCCUCUAUCUGUUGAGCUCCAGCUACAUCAUCCUCCUGAACAAGCGUUUGAUGGUGGAUGAUGGGUUCAAGUACCCCUUGGCCCUCACCGGAUUGGCACAACUGGCAGGCGCUAUUGCAGGAUGGAUCACCUCUAAGACGGGGCUCAUCAAGCUAGGGCCUGCACCGUCGCUGCGUUUCCUGGUCACGCGCCUGCUUCCAAUUGUGCUGAGCAGUGCUGGAGCGCUGUAUUUUGGCAACAUGGCAUAUUUGUCCCUGUCUGUCGCCUUCAUCCAGAUUCUGAAGGUGCUGACCCCAGCAGUGACCCUGGCCAUCUGCGCCACAUUUGGGUUAGAGAGGCUGACGGGAUCCCUGCUGGUGUCCAUCCUGAUGAUCACUCUGGGCACUGGCGUGGCCACGGCUGUGGAAGUGGGUGUCGCCGGCUUUGCCUGGCCUGGCUUCAUUUCCUUCCUGUUCUCCACGCUGCUGGAAGCCGUGCGAGUGGUCUACAUCCAGCUGCUGCUGGGCAGCCUGAACUACAACUCCAUGGAGGUGCUGGUAUACCUGGGCUUCCCAACGGGCAUGGUGCUGCUGGCAGCGUCAGCCAUCUGGGAGCGCGAGGGGUUGCUGGCCAACGGCCUGGCCCUCAUGGCGCACAAGCCGCUCCACUACCUGUCAGCCAUCUUCAUGGGUUUCCUGGUCAACCUGAGCACCGCCUUUGCCAUCAAGGUCACCGGCAGCCUGACAUUCAAGGUGGUCGGCUGUGUCAAGAACACGCUGCUGGUGUGGGCGGGCAUCCUCAUGGGGGAUGUGGUCACGACCGAGCAGCUGCUGGGCUACACCAUCUCUGUCGUGGGGUUCGCCCUCUACACGCACGCAAAGUGGCGACAGGGGAAAAGUGCAUCGGCCGCAAAGAAGGUGUCUUAAGGGCGGACUCUCCAUUGGAGACUCUCCAUUUUGUUAUAUUGGUUUGGUAGAAAAUUCUUGAACGGAUAAGUCAGGCAGGCUGUGGAUCGAUGUUUUUACAUGACAGUAGGGGUACUGUAUCCAUGAUCAUAAACCUUAUUGAACUGAAAGGGUCCUACACCGUAUGUGUGCAUUGCCUCAUGAUUCAACAGGAUGGAGGGCAAAAGUGGGAAUUAAAAUAGGUAGAUUUUGUAGUACAUGGUAGUGACAGCUGAAAGCAUGGCGGCCAGCUUCAUCAGAUUUACAUGAUCAAAGGAUGUCGUGGAUUUGGAGUGAGCAUGUUGCCUGCAUGCAGCGUGAUGCUGCCGCUGAGCUUCGCAACAAAAUUAUAAAGCCUAGUCCAUCUUGAAACUUUUCUGUCAAUUAUUACAGGUCCUACUAGUACAGUGAGUACUCAGACAAGCCCGCGAGAUGUUCAUUAAGGCCAAGUAAAUGCCAAUGAGUGAUC